UUGACCAUUUUGUCCCUACAGCCUUUCUUCUCUUCCGCUCCACUCUCUCACUCUAAACAAAUGGAAUCUCAUUAACCAGACAAACACAUUCCUCUGGUGUCUACAGAGAAACCAAGAAAAACUCAAGUAACUGCCGAAACCAACUUCAUCUUUAAUGGGUUGCUUUCUCGCUUGUUUUGGUUCAUCCAAAGAUGCCAAACACCGCAAACUCAGACACAGGGUUCACUCUCCCGACCGUCAAAGAGUUACAAGUUAUAAUCCUCCUGUGCAGUCUACGGUUUAUUCAGCAGAGCAAUACUCUGAAAAGCCUGUGACCCCUGUUUUAAGAGUGGGGAUUAAGGCUGAUGAGGAGCAGUUGAGCUCGGGUACUCGAAAAAAAGUUACUUUUGACUCUAAUGUCAAAACCUAUGAGCCUGUUUUGUCUGAGGAGGUCACUAGUGAUUUACCUGAGAUCAGUGAAGUUGGAAAGCAAGAGAAGGAGAAGGAGAAGGAGAAGGAGGAGAAUUUAGUGAAAUCAAACCAAUCUCAGUCUUCUUCUGAAGCUAGUUCCAUCACAUCAAGCUCGGGGUCUUAUCCUUCUAAUUAUAGAUACCAAAACUGCAGAGAAAGUGAUGAUGAAGAUGAUGAACUGGUAUUGGAUAGUGAUCUUGAUGAUGAUGAUGAAGACGAGGAGGAUGACGGGGUGGUGGAUUAUGAUAAUGUAUAUGAGGAUGAUGAUAAUGAUAAUGAUUAUGCUGAAUCAAGAAUAGCUGUGGGCAAAGCUGAUAGAGAGGAGGUUGUUGAAAGUUCUUUGGUGACAAGUGGUUUGGAUAAGGGAGGCUUGAAGCCAAUUCGGGAUAAUCGAAGUGUAAGAGAUAGAAGUGCUUAUGUCCAUUCUGUUUUAAACCCAGUUGAAAAUCUCACUCAAUGGAAAGCUGUGAAAGCGAAGGGGAAACCAAAAUUGAAGCAACAGAAAGAGAAUUUCACAGUGGAUCAAGAACCCCGGGCUUCGUUUAGUUUGGAGCCAAGUUUCAAGGAAUUAUCUUUCAGCUUCAAAACAAAAUCUGACAAUGAAUCCAAUAAGCCAAACCAAGUUGUUGCAGUGGAUGCUAGCCUCUCAAACUGGUUGUCUUCAUCAGAAACUACACCAAUAAACAAGAGUAGCUCAAUUUCUUUGAACGCUACACCUGAGAAAACCAUGUCACAAGGAUCAAACUCAUUGAGGAGCCAAGAAGAUAGACCUAUUUUAGGUGCUCUAACUCUGGAAGAAAUCAAACAGUUUUCAGCUUCUUCUUCACCAAGGAAGUCACCAAGUCGAAGCCCUGAUGAGAUGCCCAUAAUAGGAAGUGUUGGGAGCUAUUGGAGUCCCACAAGCAAUGCUAAGGGUUCAGGCUCAGUGUCUUCUUAUAAAGGGAUACCGAACACAACCAGCAAGUACACAGAGGAUAAGACAGUAAAUUGGUAUUCUACCCCAUUUGAGACGAGGCUGGAGAGAGCUUUGAAUAGAGGUUCUGCUGGUUGCUCAACUCAGAAGUCUUAAUGUAUUUUAGACAGAAAGAUUGAGAUGAUUUGGAGUUUUCUUUCUGUGUGUUCAUCACAUCUGUGAAUUUUAGUAUAGUAGUAGUGUGUGACAUUUGUUUGAUUGUUGUAAUUCUUUUGUUGGUUUGACUGAUAAGUAAUGAAAUUCAUUUGUUA